CAUGCGCGGCAGCGGAGAAAAGAGACUGCGUUACAUCUCCGAUUUGACAGAAACUGAGUCGUGAUCAUCCGGUCGGGCCGUGGGUGGAUAGCCUUCCCUAUUUGCCUUCCCCUUCGCUGAGACUAUCGUCGUGCCAGCUCGCUGAGUGGCUACAUGGACGACUGUUAUUCGCCGUUUUGGGGGUAACGUCUGUCCGUUUUCUUCUCGACGUGUGUGUGUGUUUGUGUGAACGGAAAAUAACCGCCUCGGAUACUCGGGGAUAUCCCCGGUUGUGAGGUCGAGCGAGAGACCGAACGUCGUUUUUCCCUGGCUAAGCUAGCAGCAGCACGGCAUUACGGGUGGGGGUGGAUUUUUUUUUUUCUAUAUUUCGGCCCUCCGACAACAGAUAUUAAAAAAAAAAAAAAACGCCUCAGGAGUAUGUCGUGGAACAAUGACAAGCACGGGAAGCGGAGCUAAUGGAGGAGAGCUUCUCGGAGGGGAAGAAGUGUCAGUGGAUGAGUAUCGGUUUAACGGUCAGUGAAGAGCUGUGAAGCUAAACGGAGCCAGUCGGCUAGCUACCGAUCAAGGAAGUUGACUAGCCGACCUUGCUAACUCGGCGACAAAUGUAUUACUGGACCAAGGGUCGCCUCAAACGUCUGAGUUAUUAACAGGGUUAGCCAUUCACACAACGUAACAAGCCGAUGCCAAUAUUUGAAAGCUGAAGUUAAAGGCAAGCCACGAAGCGCUGUGAGCUCUGAACCAAAUAAACGUUGGCUAAUUGGUUAACCCUUUAGCUAGAAAGUGGGAGCUUGUUGUAAACAAAGGGUCCCGAGCCGCUCUGGUUCACACUGACGUUACACCUCCUGCUGUCGUUGACCCAUUGUUUCAGGGACAGCGUUGCCUUUAUUUUUUUUAAUUUAACAGUGAAAUAAACUCUCAGAAAUGGAUUUAAAGACGGCCGUUUUCAACGCAGCCAGGGACGGUAAGCUCCGUCUGCUUCAGAAACUGUUGGAGAACAAAGAUGGGCACGAGGUGACCAAGCUGAUGGGCGAGAAGACAAACGGGGCCACCCCGCUCCUGAUGGCCUCCCGGUACGGACACCUGGACCUGGUGGAGUACCUGCUGGAGUGCUGCAGCGCUCCGGUGGAGGUCGGUGGAUCGGUGAACUUUGACGGGGAGACCAUCGAGGGAGCGCCCCCGCUUUGGGCGGCCUCGGCGGCGGGUCACCUUAAAGUGGUCCAGUCCCUGCUGGGUCACGGUGCUUCUGUCAACAGCACCACCCUGACCAACUCCACACCCCUGAGGGCAGCCUGCUUUGACGGGCACCUGGACAUAGUGAAAUACCUGGUGGAGCACAAAGCUGACCUGGAGGUGGCCAACAGACACGGCCACACGUGUCUGAUGAUCUCCUGCUACAAGGGACACAAAGAUAUAGCGCAGUACCUGCUGGAGAAAGGCGCGGAUGUCAACAGAAAAAGUGUCAAAGGCAACACAGCGCUUCAUGACUGUGCAGAGUCGGGCAGUCUGGAGAUCAUGCGGAUGCUACUGCAGUAUGGAGCCUCCAUGGAGCAGGACGGCUACGGCAUGACGCCCCUGCUCUCUGCCAGCGUCACAGGCCACACUAACAUCGUAGACGACUUGACAACGCACCAGCAGACAAGCAACAGGGAACGCAUCGAUGCCCUGGAGCUCUUGGGAGCCACAUUUGUUGACAAGAAGAGAGAUCUGCUUGGAGCUUUAAAAUACUGGAAGAGAGCAAUGGACCUCAGGUACACGGACAGUAACAACGUUGUCCAUAAACCAGAACCCAAGCAGCUGAUCAUGGCAUAUGACUACGCCAGAGAGGUAACGAAUGGAGAAGAGCUGGACGGGCUGAUAUCUGACCCGGAUGAAAUGCGCAUGCAGGCACUGCUCAUACGUGAAAGAAUCCUCGGCCCACAACAUCCCGAUACGUCUUACUACAUCCGCUACCGAGGUGCUGUCUACGCGGACUCUGGGAACUUUGAGCGCUGUAUCAAUCUGUGGAAGUAUGCUUUGGACAUGCAGCAGAGUAAUUUGGACCCGCUGAGCCCCAUGACUGCCUCCAGCCUGCUGUCGUUCGCUGAGCUCUUCUCCUUCAUGCUGCAGGACAGAGCCAAGGGCCUUUUGGGGACAUCGGUGUCAUUUGAGGACUUGAUGGGGAUCCUUUCCAAGAGCGUGUUGGAGAUUGAGCGGGCAGUUAAACAAAAUGGACCGAUGCCCCCGGACCCUGCCCAGCUCAGCAAGGCCCUGUCAAUCAUCCUGCACCUCAUUUGUCUUUUGGAGAAGGUGCCGUGUACUGCAGAGCAGGACCACUUCAAGAAGGAAACUAUCUAUAGAUUCCUGAAGCUCCAGCCGUGUGGUAAGAACGGCUACAGUCCACUACACCUGGCGGUCGACCGCAACACCACCUGCGUGGGCCGCUACCCCGUCUGCAAGUUCCCCUCCCUCACAGUCGCUUCCAUCCUCCUUGAGUGUGGGGCAGAUGUUAACAGCCGCGAUGAGGAUGACAACAGCCCCCUUCACAUCGCAGCAUCCAAUGGCCACCCAGACAUCAUGAACCUGCUGAUUUCAUGCGGGACCCACUUUGACAGCACCAACGCCUUCCAACAAACUGCAUGCGACCUCCUGGAUGAGAAGGAGCUGUCCAGGAAUGUCAUCCAGCCCAUAAACCACACCACCCUGCAGUGCCUAGCAGCCAGGGUCAUCGUCAAGCACAGCCUCGACUACCGGGGUAACAUCCCCGAGAAACUAGAGGCCUUUGUUUUGCUCCACAGAUAAUGACUGUGAAGGAGUGGAGGGGAGUGGAUGGAUGACAAGAGGAGGGGGUGUGAUUACAUCAAGUGGACUCGACGGACUGAGGAGCACUAUAGCUCAACACCUGACCCACGAGGUGUUUGAGGAGCCGGAAGACAAUUUUUGUGGGUUAGGUUUGCAAAUUCAAACUCUUUGGAGGAAUGAACUUGAAGAUUGGUGUGAACAAAAAUGUCCUCAUUUAAAUCAGGAUGAACUGAAAAAUUAUCGGAGCCAACAGAGGAAUGAGUUACCAUUUGCGUCCUCUGUUUGCCGUUUUGGGAUGUAUUACGAGUGGAUUGCAACAUGGACACACACACACACACACACACACAGUUGUUUCUCCGGAUGAAGUGAGCGAGGGGUUUACGUAUUUUGCUUUAGAAAAAAAUGUUUUUUUUUUUGCAUAUUCCACUAUGCUAUUUAUUGAAUGAAACUUGAGAGAUUUUUCUCCAUGCUGGCUCCAACCGGCCUCAACUUUGCCUGCUUCUCUCUUCGCAAAGCAAUGAUUGAGGCGUUUCUACAUAUGCUGGGACUUCAGGUUUAUUUUUUGUUUGUCCCAUCACUGUUGCCAACAGUCAUGGACCCUUCCUCAGUCAUCAUUAGGGUUUUUUUUUUUUCCCUUUUUGUACCUUUUACGAUACAUUUAGUUAUUGUCAUGCAAAUCUGGAUAUCUGCCCGAGGGGUGUGGAUUCUAGACUCAUAUUUUUUUUCGUUCCCACUUUAGUGUAUAAACAAAGCUUUACGAGAAGGGUUUAAUGUCUGCGAACACCAUAAGUGCUUUAUUCUUCCUAUGCACAGGCUAGGCUGUUGGAAAGAGAGACUGUUGUAUUCUGUGCCGGCACUUGUCUGUGCAAUAUCUCUCAUGAAUAUUUGUGUUUACCUCAUUGCUGCCGUUUCCUUCAGUGUCCCCUUACUUUACUCAGAGAAGGUGGGGGGAUGCAAAACCAUUUUACUGAUUGUUGUAAGAAGAGUGAAUGAAUUUGAGUGACUGUAUGUUCAUAAUGUGUGAAAGAAUGCGAACACCACACAGUGUGUUUCUUGAAUGCAGAGUGUUUUUUUGUUUUUUGUUUUUUUUGGAGCUUACACAAAUGAUUGAGGACAAGAGUUUGGUGAAGUGGCACUCAUGGAGAUUCCAUAUUGCACAUGACUGCCACUAGAAACAACCGCUGGAGUGUGCAGGCUUGUACACAGAAGUGACCUCUUAACAUUCAUACAUGGCCGACCUUUAAAUGCAGUCCCUCUUUUUAAUGAUCCCGAUCAAAAGGCAAAACUCAUACCAUCAUCGGCCCACUGUGCAUGUGCAGCAGCAGCAGCAUAUCAACCAACCAGUCACUGCAGAAAACCUUUCAUGAGAACUCCUAGGCUUAGACAACAGCUAGGGUAGUUCUGCUCAUUUUGUACAACUGUCGUCCAAUUGUAUGAGAACUGAAGACACAAACAAGUGGGAGGACGCCGUAAAGUUUGUGAGUUAUCUUGUUUGCACAUUAGCUUUAGAUGUGUGGGUUGAAAAAAGGGCUUUUCAUAAAAUCGUAGGUUUUCAUAUUGCAGUCUAUUAAACCUGACAGUUAAAAAACCAGACAUAGAAAAUGUAUGAGGACUACCAGGGCAACUUGAUUUGAAUCUGCACUUUACUACAGCGGAGUUUAAGAUUUGAUAUGGCAUUAAUCAAGUUCAUGUCUUAAUAACCAGUUUGACAAUAAACCCAUGUUGCACAUG